AAACAAAAAUGGAUCCACCGAAAGAUGUGCAGCCGCCCAAACAGCAGCCUAUGAUCUACAUAUGUGGAGCCACCAGAGCCCUUUACUCUGAAGUCUAAUCUCCCAUCAGAGCAGCUGUCCUACUGCAGCACUGCAUUGCUGUGGCACUUCCCCCAUCAGUGACAUCACAUCUGACAUCUCAUCCAGGGGGCGUUUCCAACAGAAAUCCCCAGCUAGGCUUAGAUGUAGCUGCAGCUCUGUGAGAGGGAGAGGCAAGAAGGGAGGAAGAGUUUGAACACACUGCAGAGGGAGUGCAGCUAUGGGGAACGCACAGGACAAGCCUCCGGGCAGCGGAGGAGGGGGAGGUAGGUCGCCUCAGGCCACAGCAGGGAGCGGGACGAGAAGCCGUAGUGGAGGCAGCGCGGAAAAGCCCCAGACUCGAAGAGCUCCAGGGAAGGGGGCAGCCAAUGGCACUCAGAGAGAAAACAGCCCUGCUGGUGGACAACAGGAACAGGGUAGCCCUGCAGUGGACACAAGUUAUCUGGACGCCCCUGCUGGGGCCCUUCCUCCUCACCUGGCCAGGCUCAAGAAUGCAGGAAACCACCUCUUCAAACAUGGCCAGUUUGGGGAAGCCUUGGAGAAGUAUACACAGGCCAUUGAUGGAUGUGCUGAAGCAGGCAUUGAUAGUCCAGAAGACCUGUGUAUCCUCUACUCCAACAGAGCAGCCUGUUUCCUGAAGGAUGGAAACAGCACAGACUGCAUACAGGACUGUACCAAGGCUUUGGAGCUGCAGCCCUACUCCUUGAAGCCCCUGUUGCGCAGAGCUAUGGCCUAUGAGUCACUGGAGCGCUACAAAAAGGCCUACGUGGAUUAUAAGACCGUCCUGCAGAUAGACACCGGGGUGCAGGCGGCUCACGACAGAGUCCACAGGAUCACCAAGAUGCUUAUUGAGCAGGACGGACCUGAGUGGAGAGUGAAUCUUCCAGAGAUUCCCAGUGUCCCUCUGUCCGUCCAGCAGCAACACAGAGACAAACCGAUCAGUGCUGAAGUAGCCCAAGCCCGAGCAGCCAGGGCUGCGCAGGAGGAAGCCAACAGAAAAGAUGCCCACUUUACUUUACUGAAACGGGAAGGCAACGAUCUUGUCAAGAAAGGCCACUUCCAGGAGGCUCUGAAAAAGUACAGUGAAUGUGUCGCAUUAAAACCUGAUGAAUGUGCUCUCUACACAAACAGAGCCAUUUGCCUCCUGAAACUGAAUCACUUUGAAGAGGCCAGACAGGACUGCGACUCUGCAUUACAGCUGGAGCCGGGGAACAAGAAAGCCUUCUACAGACGGGCCCUGGCUUAUAAGGGUUUACAGGACUACCUGUCGGCCAGCAGUGACCUCCAGGAAGUCCUCCAGCUGGACCCGAAUGUUCGGGAGGCCGAGGAGGAGCUUGAGGUGGUGACGAGCUUGCUGAGACAGAGCCUGAUGGAUAGCACUGCACACACACCAAGGGUUUGAUGUGGAGGAAUAUGGAGGCAGAGGAAUGAAAUGUGUGUGGACAUGUACUGUACUGUAGCAGUUAUGGAGGAAAAGGACUCUUAAAGCCAUCGAGUGUAGUGAGUAAGACCUGCAAAAAUGAAAACGACUGGUGUUGACUCCUGGGACGGACUCUUUGGAUGACCAGCUUUUCAGCUCUGCGCCAUAUGUAAUGUGUGCAAACCACACCAUAACUCCCGAGUACACAACCUUACAUAAUGGGCAGCUUUAUUUAAAAAAAAAAAAAGAAAAAAGAAAGGCUAAUGUCAAAGUACUCAUGAGCUGCUUGCACUAUAAAUCAUUCACAUUAUGAUGUAAUGUACAGUACAUACAGAUUCAUGUAACAGGCUGCAGAGCGCCAUUUCAUGGUGGAGUAACACGGGGAAAGUAAGAGUGUGUUAUGUGUGCCUUAUUGAGAUUUCUAUCACAGUUAGGAUAAAAUAUGCCAAGAUUUAAAGAUGUUCUGUUUGGUUCCAAAAUGGUUCACUGAGCUCACGACAAAAGCACUGACAGAAACUGAUUCAGCUCAACUGUAUUGUAUAUAGAGACAAGGAACUCCCAGAAAGAUUUAAAAA